AUGACUAUGCAACCCUCAAAGUGUUCACUCCCAAGGGAACAAGUCACGCCCGAGACUACAAAUGUCUUGUGCAGAAGCCUAUGUAGGGAUAUCUUUGAAAGUAUUCUGAAUCGCAAUCCCUCGCAUCGGUUACCGGAUACAGUGCUUAAACCAAUUCUAGCUCAGGUAUUCCUCGCGCUCGACUACAUGCAUACCGGCUAUCUUGCAGAUAUCAAAGGCGAUAAUAUCCUCAUGGAAAUCAUAGAUGAAUCAAUCCUUGAACACCUUCUGCACGUAAAACCAUUAAUACCACUACAAUAUAUGCAUCCCAGGUUUUUGUUAAUGUACUUAAACGCCCGAGGCGACAAGAAGUUGAAUCACUACGCCCAACCCCAAGUCUACCGGCCUCCAGAAGUUAUGCUCAAGGCCGAGUGGGGCUACCCUGUGGAUAUCUGGAAGGAUGGUUGCAUGGUCUUUUCGAAGACGAGCAUUUGUUCUAUGGCAGGGGGCCGGAUGGAAGCGGAAAUAGAACACGUGCUAUCCCGCCGAAAUCAUCUCAGUGCUAGGGCCGCUUCAGUUGGAAUUGAGGAAUUAGAAGGAACCUACCAAGGAAAAAAGCAGGAUGACUUUCUACAGAUCGGAAAACUGCGGGCGAGUUAUAUCAUCACCUGUAUCUGGAAGGCUCGAUGUGGUCAGAGCGAUGUGUUAUUCGUGCUGGUUAUGCUCUGCUAUCAUUCCGGAGUCGCCAAUGACGUUGUAUAUAUGACCAUUCCGCACUUCCAUCGUUUAAUUGGAACCUGA